CAACUUAACAGCAUCAUUUACGUAAAUUUCGGCAGUUAGCUAAUUGUUAAUAAAUUAUUUUAGCCCAACUAUGUCGAUCUUGCGCUCGAAUUACUACGACCAUCCCGAUGGAGAGGAUGCAUUCGGCAAGAUUGUGGCCACUAAUAGAUAUGCUGUGGCCGCCGGCUUGGCCUGGUCCACAGUCGAUGUGCUGACCCUAUCGAAGCCACAAGGGUAUCUGCCCACUCUGGGACGUUUUGCAUAUAACACGGGCCCCCUGAUGGGCAUGGCCACGGCAUUUACGCUCACUACAUUGGCUGCCACAAAUGCCCGCGGAAAGGACGACAAAAUCAACUACUUUUUGGGCGGUUUUGCUGCUGGCGGCGUCUUUGGAGCCUGGAAACACAAUCAUGUGGCUGGACUAUGCGCUGGUCUCUUCCUGGGCCUUGCCGGUGUUAUUAAGAAGAUGUCCAUUGAACAGGGUUGGGAAUUCUUCCCGGAGCCACCUACUCAUCAAUACGGUGGCGUGAAUGUAGCCGCCAACGACUGGACAAUCACUGCUGAACGUCCCAAGAACUGGACAGCCAAGGUGGAAACAGAAGCGUAAAGUCCCAAAGAAAGUGAUAACAAUUGUUUAGUUUAAUAAAAAUGUUGUUAUGAGAUAGAA